CGACUCAACGAAUAUUGGGGUACCCCAAGUCCCUAAUCAUUUGAGACUGGAGGGAGACGUGUCAACUCCUCCCCCCUGAUUAAUUCUAGACAUGGAAAGGUAAAAUUAAUACUGAGCGUUGGCGGCAGUUCCUCUCCUCACCCCAUGGGGCCUAUUGGUAAUUUCAGCACGCGCAGACAAUGCGCUGGCUCUUUGUUACAUUAUUUUCUCCCUAGAGCGAAAGAAGAAACCAGAACAGGGAAGGGAAAAAAAAAACAAAAACAGGCAUGUUACACUAAUACUAGGGACUGUGUUGGAUUUGUGAUUCCCAGGACUUGCUCGGUGUUGCUGUGUUUAAACUUUUUGCCUGUGAUUGGCACGACUGGGGAGGCUCUCCGUUUUAUCUUUGGCUGUUUUUCUUUCCUUUGUUUUGUUUUGUUUUCACUUUUUUUUUUAUCUCUCUUGGGUUUAGGGUGGCUACUAUCUUGUCUCCUGUAGAGGAUGAUCCCGCUCCGUUGGAACUUGGUUAUUGUAAUGCGUUUUU